UGGACGUUGAGAAAAAAUACGAUGUAUUAUAUAUUGUUUCAUAAAAUCCGUUGAUGUCAUUGUACGUGUCCUUUUUUACAAACUUUGCUUACAGUAGGUUGUUGUUAUUUUUUCAGUGUUCGUAAACAUUACAUAUUUUAAUUUUGUAAAAAUAAAACGGUUGAAAUAAAUAAAUGUGACAUUUAUUAUUACUACAUUAUACUUUCCCCAUUAGCUUUACUUAUUGUGGGGUGAAAAUGGACUUAUUGAAUUAAUUAAAUUGUGUACCAGCAUGGUUUAUCGAAAAUAGGUUUUCAUUUAUAAUUUUUCGGCACUUUCAAGAUGAGUUGUAGUAGGCCUAACUAAAUUUACACUUACUUCGCCCAGUGCAUCCGUCACUUACAGAAUGGUUAUCGAAAUGGUUUCGAUUUUCAAAAGCUUUUAUUACACUAAUAAUUUAGUUCAUUUAGUUUCACCAUAUAAUAACACUAUCACUAUUAUUAUAACUAACUAAUUUAUAAUUACUGAUUUUACACUAUUAAAUUACAUUUUCAUUUUACAUUAUUAUUUAAUUAAUUAUUACUAAUUUACUGGCAAUACUGGACAACUAAAAAAAAAAAAAACUUUUAUCAUAUCAAGUGCGCUGAUUCCAAAACUGAAGUCAUAUUUUGUGUUAAGGUCAGUGUCAGGAUUUUAAAAUUUUAAGUUAUGCAGCUUCAUGUGACAUGAUGAUGUGAAAUAUCCUGCCAUCUUGGCCCGUCAUGAUUCGUGCUCACAGGUCAUGACAACCAAGGUGGCGGCCGUAUAAAAAACACAUAAUCCAAAAAUCGGGAGGGGAAAAGGAGAGAAUGUGCAGGACUAGCUAUUUACUGAGGGAAACGAAAUUAGAAACAAAAUAAUGUUAAAACUUAAUGACAUAAUUUGAGCCGGUACAUAAAUUUUGUGGUGAGCAAAGCUACUACAAUAUGUAUCCCUCUAAUUAUGCGACAAGAAGAGUCAACGACAUGGGGUCACCCCCUUUCCUGGUGUAAUUUCAACUGGUACAUGCUGCUUUUCCUCAACUAAAAUUAAAACAUGUGUGUGUCUACAGUACAGUUACACACUGUGGACUGUGGUCCAGAAAACUAUAAAAAUGAAGAAAAACCAAUACAAAAUAACUUUAAAUAAUGAAAACACAACUUACCGUUUCUUAGAUUACACUUUUACACAUUUUAUUUCAGGUUUCACCAAAAAGAAAAUCCGAAAGCUGUCAUAAAAUCAAAAACUAUACUACACCCAUAUACAAAAUGAUAAAUGCAGGAAAAUUUAAACAUUAUAAUUAACUAACCAACCAAAUUUUAACGUAAAACAUUCCAUUGUUGUAUUAAAGAAAAGUUAACUCUAGUAACAACACAAGAAUAAACAAAAGGAAGAGAAUCCUACACAGACAUGCAUCAUGGCGCGGAUUGUCUAAUUUAGUCCAUUAUGCAAACAGCGCUAGUAUUUGCUUAUAUUUAAUAAUUAAUAAUAUAAAUUAUAAAUGUGCGACUAUGUCCAGACCAGAGUAGACAUAACAUAAAAACACUGCUAAUAAUUUUUUUAAUAAUUUAAACAUAAAAAUGAAACCUCUUUCCAUUUAUUUUAUACAUUUUAUGUUUUGAUUUCUAAAAUGUAAACAAAAAAUAGUUCAUAGAAAGUCUUAGUAAAAUUUUUUUUUAAAUAUGCCAAAAUCUGUUAAAAUGCAUUUAAUGUUCAUCAGGAGCAUUGUUCUGAGCUUGGUUAUUCACAGGAAGAUUUUUGCACAAUGAUUUGUGUUGAAUGUUGUGCUGAUCAACAAUGUGCUCAGAUAAUAAUUGUUUUACUAUCUAAUAAUGUGUGCUGUCAUCAGGACGGUUUCACAAGCAAAAGAAAGCACAAAUAUUUUGUGCAUAUCAGGUGUAAUCCUAGAAGAGGUUUCUACCACCUUCAGGUCAGCACAGAUGUUUCAGUUUUGUUCUGAACUGUCAAUCACUUUCAAAAAUGUGGUUGAUUGAAUCCCAUGUCUUUUGAGGCCAAAAGCAUGAGUUUUAGGAACAUAAUAUGAUUUUUCAUCACCGUUAUGGAACAACACUGGUUCCAAGCUUGCAUUGCUGGAGUCUAUGAAGACUCCAUUGAUCAGGAACGUAUUCACAACCUAACUUCAGUAUAAGAUCAUUCACAUCAGUACAGAAAAAAAUAUCAUGUUCCAGUUUAUACUAUGUAUACAUAUUAUGAAGUGACAGGGUGGGGCGUAUGGAGCCCUACAAAAAUUUUGGCUUCAGAGGGCUUAGUUUUUUUUAUUGUGGUGUUGCGCACACACAUUAUAAUUGACACAUCCUGAUUCUGACAUUUUUAAAAACUCACAUUUUGAAUUUUUUAAAAGUAAUAGCUCAAAAACUGUUUAAUCUAGUUGUUUGUUUAAAUUUCUUCUAUAUAAUUGUUUAAUUUUUAAAAUUCAUUAUAAUUUUUUUGCAAAUAAAACAUGCUCAAGAUAGGUUCAUCCCAUAUUAAGUAAAGGCAUAUGCUCUAUCGUGUAAUAUGCUUUUGGCUCAUUUCGUCCUGCUUUACACUGGCAAUUUUAUCAAUAUUAUAUAAAUUUCUUUUUUGCAUCCAUAACUUAAAAUCUAGAUGUGCUAGGCAGAGUCUGACUUCAUAUUUAGAAUCAGUGCUUUAAAAUUUUACAACCCAAAUACUUUGCUUUCGGUAGCUAAAUUCCUGUUGACCAGUGACGUUAGGCCUUAGUGGUAUAUAAUGUUGGUAAUAAUAAAUGUUAUUCAAAUUGUCAAAGUGGUGUCUGUGGAAGUCACCCCAAUCCCCCCCAUAAUUUCUCCAAUGCAUGCAUAGCUUAAAAUCGUGAUGUGCUAGGCAGAUUCUGAAUUUAUAUUUGGAAUCAGUGGGUUAAAUUACAUGAACCCAUAUGUUUUACUUUCAGUAGCAAAAUCCUUAUUGACCUGUGUUACUGGUCUAGCUUUAGUGUCUUAAAACUUUGUACAGAAGGCCUAUAUUUUGCGGAACAGGUACCAAAGUGACGUCUGGGGAAGUCACACAUUUUUUGCCCCCCAUCCCCCCAAACUUUACAUAUUGUCCUUAUAAGUAUAGUACAACACUUGUUCCCUCCUCCCCCCUCUUACCAGGCAAUAUUAUUAGGCCUAAGAUAGUUGAGUUGGGCCUAGCUAGUACCUGUACUGAAAUAAAGUUAUAAAAAAGUAUAAAUUGACAAAUUAAAGAAUGCCACUACUGUAAGCCUAUGUAUACAAUGAUGUGUUUGGGUUUAAAAAUUUGAAUAUGAAUAGAUGAGAGGUAAAGAAGACUUGUUAGGUGAUGGUUUUCCUUGUUUUCAGUUCAGAAUUUUGAAUUUAUCAUUCUUGAACAAUUUUUUUUUUUUUUUGUGUGUAUCAUCCUAGCUUUCAAGAAAUAUUAGAACAUGUCAGAUGCUGAAGGGUAUGUUUUAUAAAAUCAUCAAUAUAAGUUUAGGUCUACAUGAUUUUUUUUUUUUUUUGUUUGGAAUUUUGAAUUUUUCUUUUUUGGACAAUUUUUUUUUUUUUUUGUGUGUUUCAUCCUAGCUUUCAAGAAAAAUUAGAACAUGUCAGAUGCUGAAGGGUUUUUUUUUUAAAAUUAUCAAUAUAAGUUUAGGUUUAAAUGAUUUUUUUUUUUUUUUUGUGUGGACUGAAGGGUAUGUUUUAUAAAAUCAUCAAUAUAAGUUUAGGUCUACAUGAUUUUUUUUUUUUUUUUGUGUGGAUAAAUAGAACAGUAUAUCAUAUAAACAUAAAAGGAACUCCUGUUUCUAUAUAAAAUUAAAAUUUGAAGAGCUAGCUGUGAUCACUCUAAUCUUUGUGUUGAUUUGAUCACUUAAAAAAAUAAAAAAUAUUUAAAUUGGUGGGAAAAUAUUAGAUAAUCACCAAGGCUGGGUGGUCUUGUCAUGUAAGACAUAAAUGAGUGUUAAACACACUUGACAUGCUCUCAGGUGGUCCAGGGAUCAUCAGGUGAUGGGUGUUUUUUACUUAAACCAAAUAUUAUGUUCGCCUGUUGCAGAGAUGCUCCAGUUCCUGCUCCAGUGGUAGUGGCUGACGCUGGACCACUAGACAUUUACCAGGCCCUGCAAGAAGUCCUCAAGACAGCUCUCAUCCAUGAUGGUCUGUGUAGAGGUGUAAAGGAAGCAACCAAGGCCCUUGAUAAGUAGGUCAAGGUUCUGUUUGUUUUGUUGACAGUUUUAAAAGAACUGCAGUGAUGAAUGGAUACUCUACUAAGUCCCUUAUUUCAUUCUUCUGGCUUGUCUUGAUUUAAAUGUCUUUUUUAAAAAUAAAAAUAAUUAUUGGGAAUUUUUAUUCAAUUAUAUUAUUAUAACUAUAACUAGAAAUUGUAUUGUUUAUUGCAGCAAAUGCUAUAGUUAGUGAACUUUUUAAAAUGUGAAAAUCUAAAAAUCCAGCACAAAUCUGUUGUUCAAAUUAAAAGUGUUAGGUUCAGGAUUUUAGGCCUUGGCAGUAGUUAAUAAAGUGAGUUGAAUUUAAAAGAAAUUUAAUUUUAUCGAAAGCUACUUUGUAUGGCCAUAUAACAGUUGGAUAUUUUAGAGUUAAAUUUCUUUUUUUACUGUUACGUGGAUUUCUCAUUUCCUGUUCCCUUUAGACGUCAGGCCCAUCUAUGUGUUCUGGCCAACAGUGUUGAUGAACCCCUCUAUUCCAAACUAAUUGAAGCUCUUUGUGCAGAGCAUGAUAUUAACUUACUGAAGGUAAUGACAGAAUUGUUUAUUUAAUUUAAAUAGGCGUGCAUUUAAAUGUUUUUCGACAAUUUAGAGAGAUAGAACAUUUUAAGGACCUCUUAAGAGCUCUUUAUAUUUGAUGUAAAUUUACUUUUCCAUGAUUCACUGAUAAUGUCAGCUAUUGACAGCUUAUCUAGUCAUCAGAUAGUUUCUUUCAAAAUUAACUUAAAAUGUUGAAUCAAAACCAAAUCUACUGUGGAAAUAUGUUACUCCACCUCAGAGCCACCGUGAUCACCUGGCCCUUGUUCCCAUAAACACUACAUUAACUGUUAUAAAUAAUUUUUUGUUUUUAAAGUAAGACUAUUAUUUUUUUUAAUUGACAGGUUGAUGAUGCCAAGAAACUUGGGGAGUGGGCUGGUCUAUGCAAAUUGGACAAGGAAGGCAAAGCAAGAAAAGUCAAUGCUUGUGGUGUUGUGGUUGUUAAGGUAUUGCAAUGAAGAGAUUGUAGCUAGACUAUUUAUACCUAUACAUAAUUACCUAAUUUACCUAGCAUUACUGCAGACCUGUUUACCCUCAAACUCUUAAAAUCGUAAAAUAUCAUCACAAAAUCGUUCAAUUCGUUAUAUUUAUAUUAAAAAAUAAACAUACAGUAUAUACAAUCUAUACACAUCAAAAUCGUUCAUUGUAUGCAAAAUCGUAUGAGUAAACAGGUCUGUGACUGUUAAAAGGAAAAAAAACGUCAUGGUUUACUAAGGUCAAUUUGAAUCAUUCAAGAUUCAUUUUUUUUUCAAAUAGUUUUAGAAAAUUAGAUGUUUAUUGGCACACAAUGAAGAGAAAGUAAUGCAUUUUAUAGAAUAUUGUGAUUGUUAAAAGAUAUAAUUUUGAUGUAGCAUAAUAAUGAUGUCAUGCACUGCUUUCUCAGGACUAUGGUAUGGAGACACCAGCAUUAGAUGUUGUCAGAGAUUAUUUCAAGUCCAAGUGAACAUUGGGAUGUUUGGUGGUGAAAGGACUGUGUGAAUACAAAAGGCUUGUCAUGAAUAUUUUGAAUUGUGCUUUAAGGUUUAUGGAAUAAAUGUAUAAUGUAUUUAUUA